GCGCGCGUGCGGAUUCUGUUUUCAAAUGUCUAUUUAACGGCAACUGUAAACGAAGCUGAACUACAAGUACAAGCAAUAAUAACGUGGAGGUUGAAUCAUUUUGAGAGCUGUGGGUUGUAGUAACGAGCUCAUGAUACUUUUAGCCUUCCUCUGAGUCUAACAGGCCAUGGAUCAGCAUUUCUUUGGACAUCCCAGUUCUUCUACAUUUCAGUCAACGCCCAAAAACCGUGUUUCAGCAAAGGUGUCAAGAGAGCAAAGCUUCCACAAUGACUCAGCUGGUGAUAGGCUGUCUUUUGUAACCCUGGAUGAUAGCCAUGAGCAGCAAAGCGAGGAUUCAGGCAUUAAUGUCUCACAUAGAAGUUCACCAAUAAGUGAGAUGGAUGAGGGCGUUGGCUUCACACCUAAUAAUGCGAGAAUUGAUGAAAUUGGGAAGAAAGCCCAAGACCUUAUAGAGAGGAUCAACCAGAGCCGCACAAUGGACCAGAAACUCAUGAACAGCUUUGAGGAGAAGCUAAUGAAGAAGGUGAGUGAGAUGUGCCAACAGGUGAAGGAGCAGAUGUUUGCAUAUUAUGAGAAACACAGCCAAGGGAUGGAGACAAAGCUUUCUGAGCUCACAGAAGUGUUGGAGCGCAGCAGUCAGCUCAGCAUGGAGCUUCAGAGAGCCAGCCAGACACUGGCAGCCAUUAACAAAGGUCUACAGCAAACCCCAGAGCAGUAGAUACACAACCACACAACACGGUGUAAAAUCCGUCCAUAGCCCCAGACAUGGGAUAGCCAAAACAUUUCAAAGUCAUUUCAUUUGUUAGCAUAAUAGAAAUUGCUUAUUACAAAGGUAACGUAAGACUGUAUAUAUUUUGAAGGUUUAUGAUUCCCAGUUUGUAGUAGCAAGACCAGAAUAAGUUCUUAAUAUUCAAUGUAUGUUACUGUUUAAAGAUGGAAGAAACAUGGCAGGAACACUGAAAUGUAUUUAAUACAAUACUGAAUUUAAGUGACUCUGUCAGUGGAGCAACAAAAAGAUUUAAAACAAACAUGUUUUUCAGA